AUGGAUCGAUACUAUUGCGAUGUGUGUCCAAACAUCAGAGAUAGUGACUAUGGCAGAGAACUGUCACUGUGCCCAGUUGAACAACUGUUCACUGUUGAGUUUGAGAUCAAGAACAAACACGAUGCCCCUCCCUCUGAGACUUUGCAUUACACUUUUCAUAACAUCUCCAAGAACAAUAUGGAUCAACAAAACGUUGAAUCUAUGCUUUCUCGUGUGGGGUUCCCCAAUGAAGCUUUCCAGUUUGUGGUCCCAAAAGUCUUGGAAUGUGCUGAUGAAAUUGCCAACAGGACGUACAAGGAUCGAAAGCUUUUGUCCAUAGUUGUGUAUAUUCUUGUCAGCCAAGCCAGUGAUGAAGAUGAGAUUAAUGUUGAUUAUGAUAGUGGUUUUGAAGAAUAUUCAGAGGAGGGUGAUCAAGAUUUUGGGUUGGUGCCUUCUGCAGCAGCUGUGACUUCAAUUGAUGAGGGUUUGGAGAUGAUGAGGGAUGCUGAUGAUGAUGAUUAUGAUGGUGGUUUUGAAGAAUAUUUUGAGGAGGCUGGUGAUGAAGAUUUUGGGUUGGUGCCUGCAUCUGUGAAAUCAAUUGAGGAGUUGGAGAUGGUGAGGGUUGAGAAAGAAGAGAAUUGUGCAAUCUGUUUCGAGGAUUUUCAUGAUGUUGGUGUUCGGAUGCCUUGUUUACACAUGUUUCAUAAGGAUUGCAUCACUAGUUGGUUGCAAGCGGCCAAUUCUUGCCCUUUGUGUCGGUUUCAGAUGAACAAAAUUAGUGAAGAAUGA